AUGGGUCGAGAAGCGCUAGGUGAAAUGAAUGAGAAUGGAGAAUUGUUUGCAGAAUUCUGCGCAUUCAACGAUUUGGUGAUUGGAGGCAGUGUGUUCAGGCACAAGGAUAUCCACAAAGCGACAUGGAUUUCACCAGAUGGACACACUAAAAAUCAAAUCGACUUUAUCUCAAUCUCAAGAAAAUGGAGACGCAGUCUACUUAACACAAGGUCAAGAAGAGGAGCAGAUGUAGGUUCACACCACUAUCUAGUGCAAGGAACCUUCGAAAUCAAGUUAAAAGCCUUCAAGGAAGCUGGUGAUAGACCUCAAUUCAAGUACAACACUCGGAAACUGAAGGAUGAAACUACAAAGGAGAUCUUCAAGCAGCCAUCAAGACAAAAUGGAAGACAUCGAGCAACAUCCCUGA